GCGGCGGCUGCGAGGCGGGACGGUGGAGGACUGUGUGCUGCGGGGCCGACAGAGGUUAGAGGUGUGAGGGCGGCAGGGGAUCUGAGCGGGAGCCGGGCCGGUGUGGCCGCCGCCGCCACCGCCACCAUGCAGGAAAUCAUCGCCAGCGUGGACCACAUCAAGUUCGACUUGGAGAUCGCGGUGGAGCAGCAGCUUGGGGCGCAGCCGCUGCCCUUCCCCGGCAUGGACAAGUCGGGGGCUGCUGUCUGUGAAUUCUUUUUGAAAGCUGCCUGUGGCAAAGGGGGCAUGUGCCCGUUCCGCCACAUCAGCGGCGAGAAGACGGUUGUGUGCAAACACUGGCUGCGGGGGCUGUGCAAGAAGGGGGACCAGUGCGAGUUCCUGCACGAGUACGACAUGACCAAGAUGCCCGAGUGCUACUUCUACUCGAAGUUCGGGGAGUGCAGCAACAAGGAGUGCCCCUUCCUGCACAUCGACCCCGAGUCCAAGAUCAAGGACUGUCCUUGGUACGACCGUGGCUUCUGCAAGCAUGGCCCCCUGUGCAGGCACCGGCACACGCGGAGAGUCAUCUGUGUGAAUUACCUCGUGGGAUUCUGCCCGGAGGGGCCCUCGUGUAAAUUCAUGCACCCUAGAUUUGAACUGCCGAUGGGAACCACCGAGCAGCCCCCACUGCCGCAGCAGACGCAGCCUCCCGCAAAGAGAGCCCCGCAGGUCAUCGGGGUCAUGCAGAGUCAAAACAGCAGUGCAGGCAACCGGGGACCCCGGCCGCUGGAGCAGGUCACCUGUUACAAGUGUGGUGAAAAAGGACACUACGCCAACAGAUGCACCAAAGGGCACUUGGCCUUUCUCAGUGGACAGUGACAGCAGCUGGAGCCAGCUCAGAGCAGCCCGAGGGGCCCCGUUAUUGGGGACCACUCUGGGCCAUCUUUGGGAGUGUGCAUUUAACUGAUGUUGGUACAACUCUGGCUGGAGCUGGCAGGCAGGCAUACUGGGUUUUAUUCUGAGGGGCUACAUCUGUCAGUUUCCCUAUCGUUUUGCUGUAAUUUUUUUUUUUUAAGGGGGACAUGUCCUCCAGUUCGGUCCCUCAAGUUGGGAUCAUGUUUGUCUAGGCAUCAAGGCCUCCCAUCUGGGACUCUGCACACCACCCUCUGGGGAGGGAGGAUGUUGUGGGGAAGGGCUUGUGCGCAGCAGUUCUGUGAGGAAGGUGGCCCUUCCCCUCAGGGCCUCCUUAAACACCAGGGGCUGCUGGAUCAUUUAAAGCUGUGGCCAAGUCACGCCUGCUUCC